AAAAACAUGGAUAAAAAUGUCUUUUAAUAGCUUAAUAGUAGAAAAAUAAAUUUCAGCUGAAAAAGUAGCAAUAUACUUACUUUUUGAGCUGAUCGGAAAAAACAGCCAGAUCAGCCCAUUGCAUGAGUGUUUGGUUAUUUUUAUAGAUUUUAAGGCUUAUAAGCCAAUUUCUAGUCCCCCAAACGGGCACAUAUUCUUCCUUUCUUUCUACUGGUAUGUUCUACUGUGUGUUCUUUUGGUCAAAACUGAAAACGCAGAUCUUGAAGAGCUAAAGAGGAAUAAAGUGAUUCGAAUUGGUGCAUUCCAUAAUCCGUCCAAGAUUGACAGUAGAAUCUCCAAGCAGAUCAUGAAUUACAAUUAUAAAUAAGUGCAUGCUCUCAAAAUCAACAAAAUCAGCAAAGAAAACAACUAUCACCACAAAGUGAAAGAGUCAAAUGGGUCAAAUAGGAAGCAACAACAAUGAGAAUAUGGUGCCAGUAAUAGACUUGCAUGACUUCCCAGCACAAUCAAAGAAGCUGAUAGAGGCAUGUGAGGAGUGGGGUUGCUUCAGGCUUGUUAACCACCACAACAUUCUGCCACCUUCACUCAUGGUGGAUAUGAAACAAGUGGUGAAGUCACUGUUUGAUCUUCCAGAGGAGAUAAAAAAGAGAAACAAACAUGUUCUUCCUGGCAGUGGUUAUACUGCCCCAACUAAGAGAGAUCCACUUUAUGAAGCUCUUGGUCUCUAUGAUAUGGCAUCACUCCAAGAUGUUGAAGCCUUUUGUAAUGACUUGGAUGCCUCUCCUCAACAAAGAGAGACCAUAGUCAAAUAUGCCAAAGCCGUGCAUGAAUUGAUGAUGGAGAUUGGACGAAAACUAGUGGAAGCUUUGGGUUUGAAAGGUGAACUUUUUGAAGGAUGGACUUGUCAGUUUAGAAUUAACAAGUACCACUUUACCAAUGAGAGUGUGGGCUCAUCUGGAGUGCUAGUACAUACAGACUCUGGAUUCCUUACAAUAUUGCAAGAUGAUGAAAGUGUGGGUGGUCUAGAAGUCAUUAAGAGAUCAGGAGAAAUUGUGGAGGUUGAUCCCUUGCCCGGUAGCCUCCUGCUUAAUUUCGGGGAUAUGGCUACUAUUUGGAGCAAUGGGAGAUUUUGCAAUGUAAGGCACAGGGUGAUGUGCAAGGAACCAAAAAUGAGACUAUCAAUUGCUUCAUUCCUUUUGGGUCCCAAAGAUGCUGCAAUAGAGUCACCACCAGAGAUUCUUCAAUCUGAUCCCCGACGGUUGUAUGUGCCCAUCACUUAUGCAGAGCUUAGAAAUCUUCGAGUGCUUCACAAAAUGCAUGAUGGUGAGGUUCUUGAACUCGUAGAGGAUUGUCAGGCUACCAUAUGAUCUUCACAUUUCAUGUCUUGUUUGGGAAGAACAUCAGAAGCCUCCCGAUAAAAGUUGUUGAGUUAUUAAGAAUUUAUAUGUACGCAGACUAAUAAGUUUCAUUUAUAUGAACAUUGCUUUAUCGUAGUUCAACAUUAGCACAAGUGUUGAUUAUUUGAAAUAAUUAUACAAAUAAGUGCAUUACUCUAAAUAUAAAGAAAUGC